GUUAUCUGCCAUGAUACAUUAGUUGAGAAACUCAAUCUAGACUUUCAAAUAUAUUUGUAUAUAGUUCAUAUUCGUCAGUGAUGUUGCAGUGGGUCACAAAGAAUUGUUGGUCCAGCUCUUGUCUUUAGUAUGUAAGAGCAAAGUGGUGAGUAAUUUAAUCUUAAAUUAACCCAGGCUUAGGUCAGCUGCUACCAUGUAUCUGGAGGGCAAGAAAGGGGCAGAAUGAAAUGAUCUCUAUGGAGCACGAUAGAUACAUUACAAUCAGGGUUUGGAUCACUAGACUCAUGUUCCUGGUGUGGCAGGUAGAAAGGAGUAGUUUGCCACCGUAGACCACUAAAUGCCUACUUACUCAGAUCUUCAGGCAAAGGGCAGUCUGGUCUUUAAAUUAUUUAAAACUUGGGCAACAGAUUGAUCCUAGACUGAACAGAAAAUCACAAGAUAAGUUGAGUUCUCUAUGUUAUCCAGGACAGUAGUUUUCAACUAGGAUAUCAGGACUCCUUUACACUAUUAAAAAUGAUCAAGAACCCUAGAGAGUUUUUAUUUAUAUGGAUAAUAACUAUCAAUAUGUACCGUUUUAGAAAUUAAACAAUUUUUUAAAGUAUUUACUCAUUUGCUUAUAAAUAACAAUAUAUUGUAUUGGUAAUGUUAACUAAUGCUUUAUGAAAAUUUAGCACUUUCCCAAAACAAAAAAAAAUGUGAAAAUAGUAUUAUUUUACAUUUUUGAGUCUUUUUGUCAUCUAGCAGCUAUAUUCUCAUCAGUUCUGCCUUCAGUCUCUUGGCUGUGUGUCAUGUAAGCUGUGGAAAUUUUCAGUGUACACUUACAAGAGAGUGAGAGAGAAAUGAACUGUUAUGAAACUAUAGAAUUAUUAUGAGAAUAAUUUUGACCUUGCAGAGCAGAGCUCCUGAAAAAUGUCACAAGUCUCCAGGCACACUUUGAGAAGUGCUGAUCUAGCAGAAAUGAUGAAUGAUAAUUCUAGGCUCUUUGGAAUUAGACCAACCUAGAUACCUAUUUUCUGUUAUUCUAAAUGCCAGGUUUAUUGCCAAACCCUGUGCACUCCAUGUUGGCAUCCAGGACAGUGGUCCUUAUCAGGCACAACCUAAUGCUAUCCUUGAAAAGGUGUUCAUGUCUAUUACCAAGUAUCCUGAUGAGAAAAGGCUGGAGGGCCUGUCAAAGCAACUAGACUGGGAUGUCCGAAAAAUCCAAUGCUGGUUUCGCCAUCGGAGGAAUCAGGACAAGCCCCCAACGCUCACUAAAUUUUGUGAAAGCAUGUGGAGAUUCACUUUUUAUUUAUGUAUAUUCUGCUACGGAAUUAGAUUUCUCUGGUCGUCACCUUGGUUCUGGGACACCCGACAGUGCUGGCACAGUUACCCUUAUCAGCCUCUCACAAGUGGGCUUUAUUACUAUUAUAUCAUGGAAUUGGCUUUCUAUUGGUCUCUCAUGUUUUCUCAGUUUACAGACAUUAAAAGAAAGGACUUUCUGAUCAUGUUUGUGCAUCACCUGGCCACCAUUGGGCUUAUUACCUUCUCUUACAUCAACAACAUGGUUCGAGUGGGAACGCUGGUCUUGUGUCUACAUGAUGUCUCAGACUUCUUGCUGGAGGCAGCCAAGCUAGCCAAUUAUGCAAAGUACCAGCGUCUCUGUGACACCCUUUUUGUGAUCUUCAGUGCUGUUUUUGUGGUGACUCGCCUAGGAAUCUAUCCAUUCUGGAUCCUGAACACAACCCUCUUUGAGAGUUGGGAGAUGAUUGGGCCCUAUCCUUCCUGGUGGCUUUUCAACAGCCUUCUCCUGGUCCUUCAGGUUCUGCAUGUCAUCUGGUCUUACCUAAUUGCACGAAUUGCUUUCAAAGCCUUGAUCCGAGGAAAGGUGUCUAAAGAUGAUCGCAGUGAUGUGGAGAGCAGCUCAGAGGAAGAAGAUAUAACCACCAGCACAAAAGGCCCCUGUGGCCGCAGCUCCAGCAAUGGUGCCAAUCGGGUGAAUGGUCACAUGGGAGGCAGCUACUGGGCUGAAGAGUAAGGCGGUUGGUAUGGGGACUUCAGCAUAGACGGACUUGUAGGGCCACUGGCCACCUACUUCUCUUGGUCCUCCCCACAUCUACAUUCCUGGGACUAGGGGGUGUGCAGGGCACUGAGGAGAAUCAAAGAAGCAAAUAUUUUCACUUAAAAAAAAAAAACUCUGCCAUUUCGUAUUUAAUAGCCUCCAGGUUUUCAGUAAUGUUAUUUGCUCUGUGUGUGCGCGUGCGUGUGUGUGUAUGUGCACGCCUGUGCAUGUGCAUUUGUGCAUAUGCAUGAGUCUCGUUGCCUAGGUUGGGGCCAUUUCUGGACUAGGGCCGUUAGGCCUUGCCUGGUCUCCUCUGAACCCACCUCAGUCCCAGAUUUGGCUGCAUCUUGAAUUAUGCUGUUUCCAGAGUGUCCCCUCCUUGGUUGCCCAUGGCUCUUGAGCCCUGACCAUCUGAAUGGAGCAGCUGAGUUUAGCUCCACGUUUCUGCACUGUUUCUUGUUUGGAGCUGGAAUAUUUCGCAUGAAGCUGUAUGCAAACAGACAGCCAUGAAAUGGGUGGCCAGGAUUGCUGCAGCCCAUAGCUAGAUCCCCUUCCUGCCACCUGGUAGUGACAGGGACAAGACAACUGCUGAUACCCUGCUCUUUAUUCAAAUGGUACGCAGGAAGUGGGGUGGGGGGAGCAGGUGAGCUGAGGGCUGGAGGACAACAGCCACUGGGUGAGCUGUUAACGGUUUAUACUAUUGUUUACUCUUCUGUGAUUAAAAGUGCUUCAACCCUCA